CGUUGCACCCUUCCCCUCUCAGUAAAGCUGUCACAGAAGCUACUUCCUGGUGUGAUUGGUGGGAAAACGCAAUGCUGCAUCAAAGAUGGCUUAUUAUCAACCUGCAUUUGAUUUAUUUAGGAAUAGUAGUGUGAAAGAAUAAGUGGCGCUCUGUGAGAAGACAAGGCGGGGAGCUGGUGGUAGCUGUAGCGAGCAGUGUUAGCACUCUCGCCGCACUACGCACCUCUUGCUCUCUACGUGCGCAAACGUUAACUUGCCUCUACUCUGCUAGCUAGUUAGCUCACAUAGUAAAUAUUAGCUCGUCAAGCAAGCUUGCUUAUUGUAGAUUGCUAAAAUGGCCACCAUGGAGAAAUUGAUGAAGGCCUUUGAGUCUCUGAAGUCAUUCCAGCAGCAGCAGGGACCACCGACCGCCGAGGAGCUCGCUCAGAGGCAAAAAAAGGAGCAAGCUGCCACAAAGAAGGACAGGGUGACCCACUGUCUGACAAUAUGUGAAAACAUUGUGGCUCAGUCACUGAGAACAUCUCCAGAGUUUCAGAAACUGCUUGGCAUCGCCAUGGAGAUGUUCCUGCUCUGCAGCGAUGACAGUGAAUCAGAUGUUCGGAUGGUAGCCGAUGAGUGCCUGAACAAAAUAAUCAAAGCACUGAUGGACUCCAACUUGCCUAGACUGCAGCUGGAGUUGUACAAAGAAAUUAAAAAGAAUGGUGCCUCUCGGAGUCUGAGGGCAGCUUUAUGGAGGUUUGCUGAGCUUGCCCACCUCAUCAGACCGCAGAAAUGCAGACCUUACCUGGUCAACCUGUUGCCGUGCCUCACCAGAAUCACAAAGCGGCAGGAAGAGACUGUGCAGGAGACACUUGCUACAGCAAUGCCCAAGAUCAUGUCUGCCCUGGGACACUUUGCCAAUGAUGGUGAAAUCAAGGUGCUGCUGAAGGCAUUUGUGGCUAAUCUGAAGUCCAGCUCCCCGACCAUUAGACGGACAGCAGCCAGUUCUGCUGUUAGUAUUUGCCAGCACUCCAGACGCACCAGCUACUUCUACACCUGGCUCCUUAAUGUGCUUCUGGGUCUGUUGGUUCCGGUGGAUGAUGAACACCCCAGCCAUCUAAUACUGGGGGUGCUGCUAACCCUUCGUUACCUGAUGCCUCUGCUGCAGCAGCAUGUCAACUCCACUAGUCUUAAAGGAAGCUUUGGUGUCAUGAGAAAGGAAGCUGAUGUACAGCCAACACCCGAACAACUGCUGCAGGUGUAUGAGCUAACCCUACACUACACACAGCACUGGGAUCACAAUGUGGUCACAGCUGCUCUGGAGCUGCUGCAGCAGGUCUUCAGGACUCCCCCACCAGAGCUUCUGCACAUGCUCAUUACUGCUGGUAGCAUCCCACAUGCCACCGUUUUUCGUCAGGACACUGAGAACCGCUCACGUUCUGGCAGCAUCCUUGAAUUCAUUGCGGGGGGAGGGUCUUCCUGCAGUCCACUCCUUCUCAGGAAACAGAGAGGUAAAAUGCUCUCUGGAGAGGAGGAUGGGUUGGAGGAUGACCCUGAGAGGACUGAGGUCACUACUGGUGCUUUCACAGCAUCAGUUGUUGGUGCAGACGGCUCCUCUGCAGCCCAGGUGGACAUCAUCACUGAACAGCCUCGGUCUUCCCAGCAUGCUCUGCAGCCUGGUGAUUCUGUGGACCUCAGUGCCUCCUCAGAACAGGGUGGUGGCGGAGGUGGGACAUCUACAUCAGGCACUCCAGAGUCGCCCAAUGACAACGAGGAGGAAAUGCUGAGUCGGAGCUCCAGUGGUGGAGCAAAUGUUACCCCAGAGACUGCUGACUACACCACCCCAGAGAAUGCGACUCCAGAGGGAGGGCCUCUAGGAGAAAGUGGGACACUGCUAGGCACUAAUGAUCGCUCACUUCCACCCAGCGACUCCUCCCAAACCACCACAGAGGGACCGGACUCAGCUGUCACCCCUUCGGAUGUAGCAGAACUGGUAAGUUGACUGGGUAGGACUCCUUCCCCACCCUCGCCAGCUUCCACUGAGGGUCCCGAUGCCGCAGACAGCGACUCAUCUGUCUACACUGCCUCCUCUUCGUCUUCUUCAUUUUCUUUCACCUCCUCUUCCUCCUUCUAUGCCACCACCUCCUCCUCUAGCAGUAGUGACAAGGUACUGGAUGGCAGUGAGAGUCAGUACUCUGGAAUGCAGAUUGGAACACUACAGGAUGAAGAAGAUGAAGGAACAGCACCUUCCUCCCAAGAAGAACCCCAAGAACCAUUCCUGCAGUCAGCACUUGCUCUUAGCAAGCCUCAUCUCUUCGACGGCCGCGGUCACAACCGGCAGGGUUCAGACAGCAGCGUGGACCGUUUCAUACCAAAGGAUGAACCUGCUGAACCCGAGCCCGAUAAUAAGCCAUCACGCAUAAAAGGUCCAAUUGGGCACUAUACAGACCAGAGUGCGGAGCCACUAGUGCACUGUGUCCGGCUUCUUGCUGCUUCCUUCCUACUAACAGGACAAAAAAAUGGCUUGAUUCCUGACAAAGAGGUGCGAGUAAGUGUGAAAGCCUUGGCUCUCAGCUGUGUUGGAGCAGCGGCAGCGCUGCAUCCCGAAGCCUUCUUUAAGCAACAAUAUAUUAGUGAUGUCCUGGGCCUCAUUGACCAUGGAGACCCCCAGAUUAGAGGAGCUACAGCUAUCCUAUGUGCAGCCAUCAUACAGGCUGCGCUCACCAAAACACGUUUCAACAUACACACUUGGCUGGCCAGUGUGCAGAGUGCAACAGGUAACCCACUGUCCCUGGUGGACUUGGUGCCUUUGCUUCAGAAGACUUUGAAAGAUGAAUCCUCUGUCACCUGCAAGAUGGCUUGCUCUGCAGUGAGGCACUGCAUCACGACUAUUUGCAGCAGUACCCUGAGUGAGCUUGGCCUGCAGUUGGUGAUUGACCUCUUUGCGCUGAAGGACUCUUCCUAUUGGCUUGUUCGCACUGAGCUCUUGGAAACUCUGGCGGAAUUAGACUUCCGAUUAGUUAAUUUUUUGGAGAGGAAAACUGAGACUUUACAUAAAGGAGAUCAUCACUACACUGGGCGUCUGCGGCUGCAAGAUAGAGUCCUGAAUGAUGUGGUCAUACAUCUGUUGGGAGAUGACGAUCCAAGAGUACGGCACGUGGCUGCCUCUGCGGUCAGAAGACUAGUUUCCAGGUUGUUCUAUGACUGUGACCAGGGCCAGGUUGACCCAGUGGUAGCAAUCGCCCGAGACCAGAGUUCAGUCUAUCUGCAGCUGCUUAUGCAUGAGACACAACCCCCAUCCCAGUUCACAGUUAGCACAAUCACAAGGACAUACCGAGGCUACAACAUGUCCAACGCUAUCUCUGAUGUCACGUUGGAGAACAACUUGUCCAGAGUAGUUGCUGCCGUCUCGCAUGCUUUGACCUCGUCUACCUCCAGAGCUCUAACUUUUGGCUGCUGUGAGGCCUUGUGCCUUCUAGCUUCAAAUUUUCCAGUGGGCAAUUGGAGCACAGGCUGGCACUGUGGCUAUGUUAGCUCCAAUAGCAACUUUUCAUCCCGUUCUAGUCUUAACCGCAGUAGGGGCAGAACCCUCAGUUUAUCACAGCCUAGCAGUGCUCCAGCCUCUUCAACCAACUCAUCUGCACCAGAUGCAGAGCGGAGGACUCUGACUGUAGGAAUUGCCAACACAGUGCUCUCCUUAUUGUCUUCUGCCUGGUUUCCACUGGAUCUCUCUGCGCAUCAGGAUGCACUGUUACUUUCUGGAAACCUCAUAGCUGCUGUGGCUCCUAAAUGUAUGCGUAAUCCCUGGGUUGGGGAGGAAGAAGGCAGCAGUGGGACCAGUAGUGGAGGCCCGAGUAAGUUGGAGGAACCCUGGGCCGCGCUAUCAGAACGCUCCCUGGUGGUCAUGGUGGAGCAACUCUUUUCCCAUCUGCUGAAGGUCCUCAACAUCUGUGCCCAUGUGUUGGAUGAUACACCACCAGGACCAGCAAUGAAGGCCACUCUCCCCUCCCUGAGCAACACCCCCUCCCUCAGUCCCAUUCGUAGGAAAGGCAAGGAGAAGGAGGUUGCCGAGCCCAGUGCUACCCCUAUGAGCCCAAAGAAAGGCAGCGAGGCCAACACAGGUAGGCCAACAGACAGUACAGGCUCAACAACUGUAAACAAAUCGACCACCCUUGGCAACUUCUACCACCUGCCUCCCUACCUCAAGCUCUAUGAUGUGCUCAAAGCUACGCAUGCCAACUAUAAGGUUACGUUGGACCUUCACAGUAGCCAAGAAAAGUUUGGAGGUUUCCUGCGCGCUACAUUAGAUGUUCUUUCUCAGCUGCUGGAGUUAGCCACACUUCAUGACAUCGGGAAGUGUGUGGAGGAAAUUUUGGGCUACCUCAAGUCCUGCUUCUCCAGAGAACCAACCAUGGCCACAGUUUGUGUGCAACAGCUGUUGAAGACACUAUUUGGGACCAACCUGGCCUCCCAGUAUGAGGGCGUGUUGAGUGGACCCAGCCGGUUUCAGGGCAAAGCUCUACGUCUUGGCUCUUCCAGCUUGCGGCCAGGACUCUACCACUACUGCUUCAUGGCUCCAUACACUCACUUUACUCAGGCUCUUGCUGAUGCAAGCCUCCGUAACAUGGUGCAGGCUGAACAGGAGCAGGAUACCUCUGGAUGGUUUGAUGUAAUGCAAAAAGCAUCCAAUCAACUGAGAUCCAGCAUCACAAAUGCAGCGCGCCACAGAGGAGACAAGAAUGCCAUUCAUAACCACAUUCGACUGUUUGAGCCGUUGGUGAUCAAAGCUUUGAAGCAGUAUACCACCAGCACAUCUGUGGCGCUGCAAAGACAAGUACUGGACCUGCUCGCUCAGCUUGUGCAGCUCAGAGUCAACUACUGCCUGCUAGACUCAGACCAGGUGUUUAUUGGCUUUGUCCUGAAACAGUUUGAGUACAUUGAAGUGGGGCAGUUCAGAGAUUCAGAGGCCAUCAUUCCCAACAUCUUUUUCUUCCUGGUGCUGCUGUCUUAUGAACGCUACCACUCCAAGCAGAUUAUCAGCAUUCCCAAGAUCAUCCAGCUGUGUGAUGGCAUCAUGGCAAGUGGCAGAAAAGCUGUCACACAUGCCAUCCCAGCCUUGCAGCCUAUAGUUCACGAUCUGUUUGUCUUGAGGGGCUCAAACAAAGCUGAUGCAGGCAAGGAGCUGGAUACACAGAAAGAAGUUGUGGUCUCCAUGCUGCUAAGACUUGUGCAGUACCAUCAGGUGUUGGAGAUGUUCAUUCUUGUACUGCAGCAGUGUCACAAAGAGAAUGAAGACAAGUGGAAGAGAUUAUCCAGACAGAUUGCAGACGUCAUACUUCCCAUGAUUGCCAAGCAGCAGAUGCAUCUGGACUCUCCAGAGGCAUUAGGAGUAUUAAACACUCUGUUUGAGACGGUGGCACCCUCCUCUCUCAGACCUGUUGACAUGCUGCUCAAGAGUAUGUUCACCAUCCCAGCCACCAUGGCAUCUGUAGCUACAGUCCAGCUGUGGGUAUCUGGUAUCCUGGCAGUGCUUAGGGUACUGGUCUCGCAGUCCACUGAAGACAUCGUGCUUUCCCGUGUCCAUGAGCUGGCACUCUCUCCAAAUCUCCUCUCUUGCCACGCUAUCCGCCGCCUGCAUCAGCAUAGCCCCUCCCCAAACGACCCGCCUGCUGCUGACACAAUCUGCAAACAGGAAACUAAUGAUGAAACGCAAAAGGCUCAACCUGAGGAAACAUUUGCCAGAUUCCUUCUCCAGCUUGUAGGUGUGUUGUUGGAUGACAUUUCAACCAGGCAGGUUAAAGUGGAGAUCACUGAGCAGCAGCACACCUUCUACUGCCAGCAGCUGGGCACGCUGCUCAUGUGUCUCAUACACGUCUUCAAAAGUGGAAUGUUUCGCAGGAUCACAGCUGCAGCCAGCCGUCUCCUGAAGGGUGAGAAUGGACAGACAGCCACAGAGGCCAACCUCUUCUACCCCUUAGAAGGUCUGAACAGCAUGGUACAGUGCCUCAUCACCACCCACCCAUCCCUGGUGCUCCUCUGGUGCCAAGUUCUUCUCAUCAUUAACUACACCAACUACUCUUGGUGGGCUGAGGUUCAUCAGACACCCAGACGACACAGUCUCUCAUCCACAAAGCUGCUGAGCCCUCAUUCCUCAGGGGAAGGUGAAGAGGACAAGCCGGAGUCCCAGUUAGCAAUGGUUAACAGAGAGAUUGUACGCAGGGGAGCUGUAAUCCUCUUCUGUGACUAUGUGUGUCAGAAUCUCCAUGACUCGGAGCAUCUCACCUGGCUGAUUGUCAAUCAUGUUCGUGACCUCAUCAGCCUUUCCCAUGAGCCGCCAGUGCAGGACUUCAUCAGUGCUGUCCACCGCAACUCUGCUGCCAGUGGCCUCUUCAUCCAGGCCAUCCAGUCCCGCUGUGACAACCUCACUACUCCUACCAUGUUGAAAAAGACCUUACAGUGUUUGGAAGGCAUCCACCUUAGUCAGUCUGGAUCUCUACUGAUGCUUUAUGUUGACAAGCUUCUUAAUACACCCUUUCGAGUUUUGGCUCGCAUGGUGGACACACUGGCGUGUCGCAGGGUAGAGAUGUUGCUGGCUGAGACCUUACAGAACAGCAUAGCACAGCUUCCUGUGGAGGAACUGGAUAGGAUCCAAGAAUAUCUCCAGAACAGUGGUUUAGCUCAGAGACAUCAGAGGUUCUACUCCCUGCUGGACAGGUUCAGAGCCACUGUUGUUGACACGAGCAGUCCCACUCCUCCAGUGACAUCACAUCCUUUGGACGGGGAUCCUCCGCCCGCUCCUGAGUUGGUCAUUGCAGACAAGGAGUGGUAUGUGGCUCUGGUGAAGUCUCAGUGCUGUCUCCGUGGAGAUGUUUGCCUGUUGGAGACGACAGAACUUCUUACCAAACUACCUCCUGCUGAUCUCUUCAGUGUCAUGAGCUGCAAGUCAGACGAACCAGGGUUCUACCCCAGAGUUUUGUCACUCUGUAGAGCACUAUCUCAAUACCUGCUCAGUGUGAGCCAGCUCCCUUCUUCACUACAUAUUCCCUCAGACAAGGAGCACCUCAUCACCACCUUCACCUGCACUGCCACUGAGGUUGUAGUGUGGCGUCUGCUCCAGGACCGGCUGCCCCUGAGCGUGGACUUGCAGUGGGCACUUUCUUGCCUGUGUCUGGCGUUGCAGCAGCCCUGCGUCUGGAACAAGCUCUCCACUCCAGAGUACACCACCCAUACCUGCUCCCUCAUUUACUGCCUUCGCCUUAUUAUUGUUGCAGUGGCUGUGAGUCCUGGUGACCAGCUGCUGCAUCAAGAGAAGAAAAUGGCAAAAGGAGAAAAAGAUGAUGGAGACCAGGUGGAUGCAGCACAUGCUGACCACAUGUGUGAGUGGCAAGCAUGUGAGAUCAUGGCUGAGCUGGUGGAGGGUCUGCCGAGCAUCCUUUCCCUUGGUCAUCGUAGAAACUCCAUUUUACCCACUUUUCUCACACCAACAUUGCGCAACAUUGUUAUCAGUCUGUCUCGGCUUCCUCUGGUCAACAGCUACACCCGAGUACCUCCACUGGUUUGGAAACUGGGCUGGUCCCCUCAGCCAGGAGGAGAGUUCGGCACAACGCUGCCUGAGAUCCCUGUGGACUUCCUUCAGGAAAAGGAUGUCUUCAGAGAGUUUCUUUACCGCAUCAAUACAUUGGGCUGGAGCAGCAGGACUCAAUUUGAGGAGACCUGGGCUACUCUACUAGGGGUGCUGGUCACCCAACCCAUCACUAAAGACCAGGAGGAGGACCCGCAACAGGAGGAGGACUUGGAGCGUACCCAGUUGAAUGUGUUAGCAGUGCAAGCCAUCACCAGCCUGGUGCUGAGUGCCAUGACCCUUCCCACUCCUGGCAACCCAGCAGUUAGCUGUCUGGAACAGCAGCCUCGCAACAAGAGCCUAAAAGCCCUGGAAACACGGUUUGGAAGGAAACUUGCAGUGAUUAGAGGUGAGGUGGAGAGAGAGAUUCAAGCGCUUGUGUCAAAAAGGGACAACGUCCAUACAUACCACCCAUACCAUGCCUGGGAUCCUGUGCCCUCACUAUCAGCAGCUUCUGCAGGUACGCUGAUCAGCCAUGAGAAACUGCUCCUUCAGAUCAACACAGAGAGGGAGAUGGGCAACAUGGAAUACAAACUGGGGCAGCUGCUGGCAGUGUCAGAUCUGUUCACGGAAAGGAAUCAGUUUGAUAUGAUGUUCUCCACCCUGAUGGAGCUGCAGAAGCACCAUCCACCCGAGGAUGAGAUCUUGAAUCAGUACCUUGUGCCGGCCAUCUGCAAGGCAGCAGCUGUUUUGGGCAUGGACAAGGUAAUAGCCGAGCCCGUGUGUCGCCUUUUGGAGACGACCCUGCGCAGCACUCACCUUCCCAGCCGCAUGGGAGCCCUGCACGGGGUGCUGUACGUGUUGGAAUGUGACCUUCUGGAUGACACAGCUAAACAGCUCAUCCCCACAGUCUCCGAGUACCUUCUAUCCAACCUCAAGGCUGUUGCUCACUGUGUGAACCUGCAUAACCAGCAGCAUGUGUUGGUGAUGUGUGCAGUGGCUUUCUACAUGAUGGAGAACUACCCUUUAGAUGUGGGAGCUGAAUUUAUGGCUGGAAUAAUACAGUUAUGUGGCGUGAUGGUGUCAGCCAGCGAGGACUCCACUCCCUCCAUCAUCUAUCACUGCGUGCUUCGUGGUCUUGAGCGCCUCCUUCUGUCAGAGCAGUUGUCACGGAUGGACGGUGAAGCGCUGGUCAAACUCAGCGUGGAUAGAGUCAACAUGCCAUCUCCACACAGAGCCAUGGCUGCUCUGGGCCUCAUGCUUACCUGCAUGUAUACUGCUGUGCUUACGUCGGGUUCAGACGUGACAGGGGUUAGAGGUCAGGUUGACUCUGCUGUAUCGGAGGCGGUGGGCGUCACGGCGGGUCAUGUUGGUUUCUCUUCAGGCAAGGAGAAAGCCAGUCCUGCCAGCCGCCCCGCCCAUUCUGACCCUCAGGCCCCAGACAGCGAGUCAAUCAUUGUUGCCAUGGAGAGGGUCUCUGUGCUCUUUGACAGGAUUAGGAAGGGUUUACCCAGUGAGGCUCGUGUGGUGUCCAGGAUUCUGCCACAGUUUCUGGAUGACUUCUUUCCGCCACAGGACGUCAUGAACAAGGUCAUAGGAGAGUUCCUGUCUAAUCAGCAGCCUUAUCCGCAAUUCAUGGCGACAGUCGUCUACAAGGUUUUCCAGACACUCCACGCUACAGGCCAGUCUUCUAUGGUGCGAGACUGGGUGCUCCUGUCAUUGUCCAACUUCACUCAGAGGACACCAGUGGCCAUGGCCAUGUGGAGCCUCUCCUGCUUCUUUGUGUCUGCUUCCACCUCCCAGUGGAUCUCAGCACUACUGCCACACGUGAUCAGCCGAAUGGGCUCCAGUGAGGUGGUGGAUGUUAACCUGUUCUGCCUGGUUGCCAUGGAUUUCUACCGGCAUCAGAUUGACGAGGAGCUGGACCGCAGAGCUUUCCAGUCAGUAUUUGAGACUGUGGCCUCGCCAGGCAGCCCUUAUUACCAGCUGCUGGGCUGUCUGCAGUCAGUCCAUCAGGAUACAUCACUCUGAGGGCAACAGACAGAGAAGGGCAUGGAAGCACAGGGAGAAAAGUGGUUUCAAGUGAGGUGUGGUAGGGUGGGAAAUUAGAUCUCUAUUUAUAAUUCCUGGAUGAAUUGUGACUAAGGGUAAGAACAGAAUGUUUUAUUAGGAAAAAACGACUGUAGCUUCAUCCCUUUUUGCCCUUUCAAUGAUAAUGAGAUAAGUAGAACUACUGAACCCACGGCAACAAAUUCAGUGGAGCGAGUAUUAAAAGGAUGAGGGGAAAAAACAAAACCCCAACCUGAAUUCAAUAUUAGGCUGUGUUUAAAUGUAAAAGGAGCAUUCUCUGACGAGGAACAGCAAGCUUCUGUAUCUGUGUGGAGAUUGCACCCACCCGACCCCACCCACUCCCCUCAGAUGAUUCCUUGAGACAUGACUGCACCUUCAACACUUCCCUCUCAGCACCUUUUGAGAUAUUUAGUAAAGAAAAAAGCCCAUGAAGAUGACGAUCAUCAAAUAAAGAAUUGGAUGAGUUUAUUUUCCUGUGGGAACUUGUGGGGAUUGAGUAUUGUGAUGUUAGUAAAGUAAACAAAAAUAGAAAAGUAUUUAAAGUUUCAGUGCAUCUAUUUUUCAGUGAGUCGUGUGCUUAAGGUCUGGUUAGGAUGCUGACAAUGGGCUGACACGUAAAAGUCAGAAACACCUGCUUGAAGUCGAUGAGUACAUUUCUUUAUGUGUUUAAGUUAUUUGUGGUCAUUCACACACUUUAGUUAAAUAGAAAAAUAUUUUAGGUGGAAGAAUGAGCACCAAUAGCCAUGGUUUUUUUUUUUGUGUGCAUCUGUUUAUUUUUUGGGGGGUCUUUUUUUUUUCUCCCAGGGGAUUGGUUUUUCAGUUUAAUUUGUCCCAGCAGAAGUUGUUCAUGGAUUUUGUUUGUAAGGGAGGGGAAAAACGUACCUAACUUAUAACCAGCGCUCGGCCACAUUUCCAUAUAUCUGCACUGACAUAACAGCGGAAACUGUCAAGCAUGGAAAAAUACCAAAAUUAUCAAAAUUGCAGUGAUGUUGUCUUCAUUUCUUUCCUUUUUUUAGCUACAGUAGCAGAGGGAGCAAAAGAUUCCCUUUUGAUUUGUAUUACCUUGCUUACGUCUGUCUAGUCUUUUUGUUGUUGUUGUUUUGUUGGUUUUCAUUGCAGUCUUGUUUGCUCCUCAGUGCACCUGAAUGAUUCCACCUGUCUUUUUCUUGUACCUUUGUUAAUUCUCAGGAUGUAAGAUGUGACUAUAUUAUUGUUGUAAUAAGACUGGAAGUGAUUUACAGUCCUCGUAAAAUAGUCACCUUCAUAUCUUGUAAAAAGUAAUUGUAUAGCAACAUAAAAGCCAUGGUGCAUGAUGAAAUGAGAACUGUAAAAACGAUAGGACUUAGACGGUAAGAUAAUGUGAUGCCAUUUUCUUUUGUCCUAACGCGCACGAGCACAGGAGAAAAUGAAAAAUUAGCGAAUAAUCGUCAGAAUGCGGAAAGCUGCAAGCUUCUAGUGUUUUAUUAAAGACUUGACCUCGAGCUGCCUGGGAGUGUGCUGGGCUUUGUUACUCUGUACAUACACUUGCCUUAGAUAAAAGACUGAAUAUGUUUGUCUUAUACACUGAAAGCUUGAAAGCAUGCUUAGCAUUACAGCUAUUUUCUUUCUGUCUUUAAUACUGUAUUUCCAUGGGUACGGUUGACUUGUGUGGAAGAGAUGCAACACAAUCCAAAGGGAGCCUUGUAACCUUAGCGACCAACAGCAGCUUUGACAAAUCAACAGAUGAGGAAGUGUAGCAUAGCGGUGCCACGUCACAGCAGGAGUUCUUUGUCUGUUUUUUGUUGAGCUUUAAAAUAUUGUUUCGUCUCAGUUAGAGCAGUAAAUACUUCAUUAUUCAUUGUCUUUGUGCAGAAUAUUAAAUACACACGGCACUUAAAAAAAACAAAAAAAACAAAGAGAAAAAAAAGUUCUUUUGAUGUUGAUGUUAGACGCUCUCUUUAUACGCAAUGAGUGCUGCAGUACAUUAAAAGUAAACAUCACAAUGAUUUGUAUGCUAAAUGUGUAACCGCUCACCAGUCUUAAAGCUGGCGACUGGUUUCCUUUGAUCAUGAGAAAAUAAUGUAUUCACACAAUGAAUGACAGAGUCCUCUGCAGCUGUUGAAAUUCCAAUGUGAGGCCUCGCUGAAGCAGAUUAAAGGAGCCUAAAUGAGUCCUGCUUUCAAAGUCAUUUCGAAUUCUUGGGGUGGGGAGAAAGAAAUUAAAGAUGAUGGGAAAAGUCUUUUUCUAAUCUACACACUACUUUCGACGUUUAAGGAAAACUCAAAAAUGCGGUUGAUAAAAUGUAGAUUUUUCAGCUAGUUUCUGGAAGGAAAAGAGCAGGGGACCCCUGCUGGGGAUAAUGCGAUUAUGCAGAGGUCUUUUGUGAUUUGGGGAGAUGGGCUUUGGGGCUGUCAACAAAGUUCCUGUUACUCUGAUUUAACGCUUCCAGUGAAGGCUUUAUUUUGUUCCACAUUAGGAAUAAAUCGUUCAGAAAAUAAUGUAGUCACUGUUCUCGGAUAAAGCUGAGAAUCAUGGUUCGAAACCUCUGCCAAGGUCUUUAUUGCGAUCUGUAUGUUGACACUUGGCUUAAUUUAGCAACGACUUCCCAUAAUCCUGAUUCUAAAGGUGGUAGACUGAAAAUGAAAUGCUUUUCUUUACAUUUUCUUCAGGCGGGAUCUUUGAAAGAACCUGAAGUGUCCACAUCUUUUUUUUCCCCCCUCUUUUAUUUACAUUUGCCUGUAAAAAAUAUGACUGGAAGAGAUUGUGUAUUUGUUAAUUUUAAUAUUUCAAAGAGAUUAAUCACUGCAUAUGAUCUGUUGUAGAAAUAAAUUAUUUAAACAUGUAA